GUUUGUUCACUGUACACCCUUUAUACGUAACAAUGUUCUCAUCGCCCUUUGUGUCCUCUCAUGUCUGUCUCUUUUUUCUCACACACAUAUAUAAAAAUAGUGAAUGCGACUUUUGCUAUCCUCUGCUAAAUCUUUUGUGUCUCUGGAUAGUGUACCCCACAAUUAACCGAUAUACAAAACUUGAUAAAGAAAGACUAAUGCUGUCCGCUGGAGCAAGACUGGCUGCACCACUGGAAUGGACGGUAUUAAAACCGUAAUGGGAAAAGCUCAUAGUUGCGUGUUUUGCAUUAACCACCUGUGGCGAAAGUUUGUCACUUGUAAUGUAUUGUGUACAAGGCUUAUGUUAGUAUGCAGAUGGUGUAUGAUAACAACAAAA